GCUGGAUUAUUGGAAACAAAAGUUAUAGUGAGCCUUGAUCCAGACAUGCCUACCUGCUUACUGUGUUUCGUAUUGUUAACGGCUGUCAGUUUAAAUUGAUAUCUUUUAAGAUAUCUUUUUAAGUUUUAGUGACCACUUCAACGAUCAACAAGCGCUGUAGGUCUUUCACUCCGUGCGUCAGUGCAUUUCUAAAGAUGCCAUUCAAAUGUGUGCUCCAUGAAAAGUAUGGCUCCAUCUGUAUGCAGGACUUGAUAUAUGCUAUAUCACAGCUGUGACAGUCUCUCUAUCGCUCAGGGGUGAGUCUCUUCAGCACCUCCUCAGCGCUGUCCACGCGCCCCUUUAACAUAUCGGCGCUCUUCAGUUGGAAGCAGUCACGGCGCGCAAAGACUGUACGAGCACAUCGGAGCAUUGUGCGGAGCCAAUUUGCUUUGCUUGUCCAACCUUUUUGUCCUUUCCUCCAAGCGCGUCAGGCAGGCUACAUUAUGGGCUUAUUAAAAGGAAAAAUCAGGUUGCAGAGAGGAUCUCCUCUUCGAUGCCGCUGAGACAAACUUGAGGAAUAUUUGCAGAUGAAGAAGAUGAAUCUGCCGUAAAGACUGAAAUACUUCUAUCCGUUCAGAAGUGGCGUAGUUUAGUGAAAAUCUAGUUGCAGAUGAGAUGCUGUAAUCCACGUGAGACAAGAGAGAGAGACAGUAAGCUAUCAUGGACACCUGGAUCUUCCCAUCGUCUCCUCCGAACCUGUCGGAGCACCUCAUGUAUGAUAGCUUCAUGCAGGGCAAUGAGUCCGACCUCCACGGGAACUACACAGACCACAGCUUCAACAGAACCAGCACGGUGGUCAUCACCUGCAUGUACUUUCUAGUUUGCACCGUGGGACUCUGCGGAAACGCCCUCGUCAUCUACGUCAUCCUGCGCUACGCCAAGAUGAAGACAGUGACCAACAUUUACAUCCUCAACCUGGCAGUGGCUGACGUGCUCUUCAUGCUUGGCCUGCCGUUCAUCGCCAUCCAGUUGGCGCUGGUCCACUGGCCGUUUGGUCCUGUGCUCUGCAGGGUGGUGAUGACCGUCGACUCACUGAACCAGUUCACAUCCAUCUUCUGCCUCAUGGUCAUGAGCAUCGACCGCUACCUGGCUGUGGUGCAUCCCAUUAGGUCCACAAAGUGGCGCAAGCCACGCAUGGCCAAGACUAUUAACUUAACAGUGUGGGGGGUGUCGCUAAUGGUUAACCUGCCGAUUGUUAUCUACAGCGGCGUCAUCGCAAAGCACGACAGCUGCUUCUGCACCAUCGUGUGGCCUGAGCCUCAAGAGGCCUACUACACAGCGUUCAUGUUCUAUACCUUCAUCCUGGGCUUCUUCCUGCCCCUCAUGGUCAUCUGCCUUUGCUACUUGUUCAUCAUCAUUAAGGUGAAGUCCUCAGGUAUCCGCGUGGGCUCCUCCAAGAGGAAGCGCUCAGAGAGGAAGGUAACUCGGAUGGUGUCCAUCGUGGUGGCAGUGUUUGUCUUCUGCUGGCUGCCUUUCUAUGUCUUCAACGUCACCUCGGUGACGGGGACCAUCAGCACCACUCCCAUCUUGAGGAGCACCUUUGCUUUCGUGGUGGUUCUGGGAUAUGCCAACAGCUGCGCGAAUCCCAUCCUCUACGCCUUCCUGUCGGAGAACUUCAAGAAGAGUUUCCAGAAUGUUUUAUGUCUUAAGAAGGUGGGUGGGCUGGAUGAGGCUGACCGCAGCGAUAGCCGACAGGAUAAGUCUCGCAUGAUGAAUGACCCCACGGAGACCCAAAGUACUCUGCUGAAUGGCGACCUCCAGACCAGCAUCUGAGAGGAAGGUGAUAGGACUUGCAUGUGCACAGACAGACGGCCUUCUCUGUGAAAUAAUAAAUAACAGUCAGCUCUUAGAGAGGAAGAUGACAUGAUUAAAUAUUAAACAAGGAGUUUAGAGAGGAACAUGUCCCUUGUUAAGGAGGACAAAGCACCAGCAGAAAAGAAUAACAAACAAAUGUGGAACUACACUGAUCCGCUGUCUGCCUUUGACACAUUGUUGGGUUUCCCUGGCUGUAAACAAAUCCAUUAUAACAUAAUUGCAAAGGUGUUUGCUCUGUGCUGUAAAUGAAUAUGAAAUCUGUUUGACUGUUUGUUCUCAGUGUAUUAACUCUGAGGUAAGGCCCACUUGCAAUUGGUCCCCUGGUUGACAUGAAUUUUCCCUGGAGACCCAGGAUUAUAUACAUAGUUUACAGCAGAGGGCCUGUGCCAAGUUUCCACAGUCCCGUAUUGUGCAAAUAUAACAACAUAACAGUGUGCACAUACGCUGCGAAACAACAUACUGUUCUUAAAACUGGCAACCUAAUCAUUCCUCUAUUUUUGUGUCUGUCUCGCCUGCAGGUUAUUUUCUACGGAGGGUGGUUUGACUGUAAAUGACUGUACAGAGUAUGGGCAAAGAGACUGUAUAAGGAGUCAGAGCAUUUCAUAUGUAGUUGUAUUUAGUUUUGGAACUGCAAAUCUGACUGAAAUUUU